AACAAGACCAGUAAGAACGCUCGUAAUAAGAUCACAUGACCAGGUAACAUGGCGGUUUAGCAAAAAAGAACUACUGCAUGACAAUAAUGGAGAUAAUUUGUAAGAUAAAAUAAUUUUACACUCAAGAGUUUGUCGAAAUUUUUGUUCGUCCUUACGACAAUGAAGUUGCGUGUCCAACUGCAGUGUAAGAACUUGCAUGAAUACCUGAGAGAAUUAAGUCCUGAGAUUUUGGACAGACUGUUUAACCAUCCAGCAACAUGUCUGGCUGUUUACAGGGAACUUCCCUCACUGGCUAAGAAUUAUGUGAUGCGAAUGCUGUUCCUGGAUCAGCCUCUCCCCCAAGCAGCAGUGGCAUUGUGGGUAAAAAAAGAUAGUCAGAGGGAUCACGAUGAAUGUGUCUCAGUGUUGGCAGGACUCCGCCUUUGGCAUAGUCAGCAGCUGCAGGGAGGUCUUCAGGGAUACAUUUUAAAUCCAGUCUUCAAAGACAACCUGAGGAAAGCCCUGCUUGGCGGGGGCAGAGCAUGGGCAGAUGAGGGCAGCACUCUAGGUCCAGACCGCCAUGCACGGGACGUCGAGAGUCUUGACCGUUAUGCUAUGGAGCGCUGGGAAGUUAUCCUGCAUUUCAUGGUGGGUUCUCCAUGUGCUGCUGUUAGUCAGGACCUGGCUCAACUGUUGGUUCAAGCAGGCCUCAUGAAAAGUGAAGCAGGAGAGGCACCGUACAUCACUUCAUCUGGUUUCCAGUUCCUCUUAUUGGACACAGCAUCUCAGCUGUGGUACUUCACCCUACAGUACCUCAAAACAGCUCAGUCCAGAGGCAUGGACCUGGUGGAGAUCUUGUCAUUCUUAUUCCAGCUCAGUUUCUCUACCCUUGGCAGAGAUUACACAGUGGAGGGCAUGAGUGAGUCAUUACUCACCUUCUUGCAGCACCUGCGGGAGUUUGGACUGGUCUUCCAGCGAAAGAGGAAAUCUCGGCGGUACUACCCCACCAGACUGGCGAUCACUCUGGCUGCAGGAGUCACCACCAGUUUCUCCUGCUCCUCCUCUACUUCCUCUGACUUGGCUUCAACUCCUGGUACUGGUGAUGCAGGCUUCAUUGUGGUAGAAACCAACUACCGUAUCUACGCCUACACAAAUUCAGAACUUCAGAUCGCCCUGGUGGCUCUCUUCAGUGAAAUGCUGUAUCGCUUUCCCAAUGUUGUGGUGGCUCAGGUUACAAGGGAGUCAGUGCAACAGGCAAUAGCCAAUGGCAUCACUGCGCAACAGAUUAUCCACUUUCUAAGGACCAGAGCUCAUCCUGUCAUGCUCAAACAGACUCCAGUCCUGCCUUCAACCAUAACAGAUCAAAUCAGGUUAUGGGAGCUCGAGAGGGAUCGACUGCAGUUCACAGAGGGAGUGCUCUAUAACCAGUUCCUCUCCCAGGCUGACUUUGAGGUGCUGCGAGAUAGAGCCCAGGGUCUUGGCUGUCUGGUGUGGCAAGAUGUGGCUCACAGGGUGAUGGUGGUGACACCACAGGGACACAGUGAGGUCAAGAGGUUUUGGAAACGACAGAAGUCUCAAGCAUAACUGGAGGAAGAGAACCAAGGUGCAGUGAUGGUCACACCUUAUUACAGUUCUGCCACAGUUCUUCAUUGCUGUUAGUGAUGAAAGCUGAAUGAUACAAUUUUUGUAUGAUUCAUAAAUUAUCUUCCAUGUAUUUGAAUUAAAUCAUGAUAAAAUGUA